AUGAAGAGAUUCGGUUUGGCAGCACUAGGUGACCAACAAGAUCAAAGGUAUUCAGAUGUGAGUAAUGAUAUACUGAAAAGACAAUCCGUUGAGUUAGACGAACAACUUUCGAUAUUCAGAGAUAGGUUAAUUAAGUUUGCAAAAAAGCAUAAUAAGGAAAUUAAGGAGAACUCUGAAUUUAGAUCGAAAUUUAUGCGUAUGUGUUCUUCAAUUGGUAUAGAUCCCUUAUCCUUGUUUGAUAAGGACAGGCAUAUAUUUAAUGCAGAAGAUUUUUAUUAUGAGAUAUGUGUUAAAAUAAUUGAGAUAUGUAGGCAAACUAGGGAUAUGAAUGGAGGAAUUACAUCAUUAGAUGAAUUAGAGAAUGGAUAUUUUGCAAAUUUAAAAUUAGAUAGGACUGAUUUAGAGAAAUCCAUUGAAAUGCUGAAAUCUUUAGACGGGGGCAUCGAAACAUUUCAAAUAAAGGGUAGAAAGUUUUUAAGAAGUAUUCCUAAUGAAUUGACUAGUGAUCAAACGAAAAUUUUAGAAGUUUGUUCAGUAUUAGGCUACGCAAGUAUUUCACUGCUUAAAGCCAAUUUAGAUUGGAAAAGAGUAAGAAGUAAGGCUGUUUUGGAUGAAAUGGUAUCGAAUGGCUUACUUUGGGUUGAUAAUCAAAAUAAUGGUAAAGAAGUUCUUUUUUGGGAUCCUUCAUGGAUUAUGAAUCUACAAGGAAAGUAG